CGAAAUCAGAUAUUGCAAAAGUAGGAGAGAUUGAAGCCGUGCAUCAGGGUACCGGCGAGUGUAGGUGUGUGUAGAUAAUAGAUAUCCUCUUUGUCUAUCACUGAGCAAAUAGUUGCGAAGUCAAAACGGAAUUAACUGUUUUGGUUUCUUUUAAAGAAGAAAAAAAAGAAAGUUAAAAAAUUGGAAGAAAUGAAAGUUCGUUUUAAUUAUUUAAAUUUGUUCAAUGUGAUGAAACUUAAAGAGUUGGACUGCUUGCCGUGUCGACUACGUGUUUAUCUUCACGCCAUCGUUUUCGACUUUUCGGAAGGCCGCAUGGCGCGUAACGUGCAUCGAAUGUUUCUCAUAAUUUGAACAAAGUGUGGCUGUGAGAAAAACAGUUAAUUAUUUUUAUAACGUGAAGUGUAAAAUGGAGAGAACCCUUCCAGCGUAAAAACAAAGGCUGACUUGUUAGUGUAGAGUUCAUGUAUGAUAAAGUAAAGCAAGUAACUAGUCAUGAUAGAUAUAUACCCAUUACAACGUCGUCUGGAAGAAUGGAAAGAUUUAGUUAUAGAGGAAACUUUACAAUAUGCCUGGGACACUAUGCAACAUUUAUUAUAUGCCGUUGGUAUAUAUAUCUUCUUGUGUGGGCUCGUGUAUAUUGCAACUGUGUACCUGAGAAAUUCCUCAGAUUGUGGUCAACUACGUUCUGUUAAGAGAGUUCUGUUUGUGAUAGCUCAUCCAGAUGAUGAAUGUAUGUUUUUUGGACCCAUAAUUAUUACACUUGCUCAGCGACAUGACUGCCAAAUGUUCCUCUUGUGCCUUUCAAAUGGAGAUUUUAGAAAUGAAGGAAAGCAGAGAAAAAGUGAACUAUGGAAAAGUUGUAAAAUAUUGGGGAUUCCAGAAGAUAAUAUAACUCUGUGCAAGUGUUCACAUUUACCCGAUAGUCCUACAGUUGAGUGGCGUGAAGAUGUGGUUGCAAACUUGAUUUUGAACCACGUUGAAUCACUGUCAAUAGACACUGUGAUCACAUUUGACAAGGGUGGUGUCAGUCGGCACAUUAAUCACUCAUCCAUAUUUUAUGCGGCAGCAUAUCUUUGCAUGGAACGUAAACUUCCAUCUUAUUGUCGAGCAUAUGCUUUGGAGUCUAUUUGUCUCGUUCGAAAAUAUUCUGCCAUAUUGGAUGUGCCAAUAUCCUAUUUACUGUCCUCUUACUGGUACAUUAUCUCCCUGAGGGAGAGAGACAUCAUCCUGUCGGCAAUGGAGGCGCAUGCCUCGCAAUUUAUCUGGUUCCGGAAACUCUACAUGUUCUUCUCUCGAUACACUGUGAUGAACACACUAAAAGAGAUUGAGCUUGUGGAUCUGGAGUUGGAUUUGGAACUAGAUGAUUGAGUGUGCAGUGUGAUUUGGCUAGUUGUAAAAUAUGAACUGUCUGCUCUUAUGUUAUCAUGAGAUGUGUGAGGAAGAUUAUAUGACAGUUCUGAGCCAAUAUUAUUAACCUAUAUUUGGCCCUUCUGAGCUACAGUGAUAAGAAUAUUGAUGUAAUCAUUAUGAAGAUAUUUGGGUUUUCUUUAAGAUUAAGAUAAUUAUGUCAUUUUGUUAUCCUUUGAAGUAUGACAUUGUAAAGAAACUAGCUACUAUAUUUUCCGUAUUGAAUUUUUUUAAUAAUAUUGUUAGAAAAGAAAAUAUAUAAAGAAAUUGAUUAUAUUUGUGCAUAAAAUUAGGUUAAGCAAAGUAUUCUCAUUUUCUGCUCAGGAAAAACAGCCAUUUAAAAUGCAGAGUACUUAAAACAGUAUCAAUUAAAUUACUUUUUCAAAUUAUACCAUGUUUUGGUUACCAGAAUUGGAACCUACUACUAGAAGCAGAAAUGUUCAUAUUAAAAUUACAAAAUGUACCAGCACAAGAUUUAAGGAGUUUUCAUACAAUUCUAAUAAUCAUUGCUUUGAAAUUAUUCUUGGGUAUUAAUGGUUUGAAAUAGUCUCCCAGUAGAUCUAACAUUUGAAUUAAAGUUCUUUUUUUAUUUUAUUUUUUUGAAAAAAAAUCUGUGGUGAAAUUCGAUAUACUUUUUGCAGUAGGAAGUUUGGUCCAGUUGUAAUUUUGAUUCUAUUUUUGUGCUCUUUUUAGUGCACAUGAACUUUGAUUAUGAUAUAUUUUUUCAAUUGUGAAUGUACAAUAUGUAUAUUAUAAAAAUAUGUGUGCAUGUGUGUUAUACUGUUUUUCAGAACUUAUUUUGUCAUUUUCUAAAAGGAUAAUGCUAGUCAAUAUAGUGUGCUGUAGUUUUUUCCUGGCAGGAGAAUUUACAAUGUUCAUGUUGUAUUGUUAAGUAUAUUUCGUAGGGCUAUUCACAGUGAGUUGUACAUUUAUUUUUGACAAAGUUUUCUGUUUGUUGCAACACAAACAUGUAAUAAUUAGUACUUCAUGUGCAAAUUCAGUGUUGAAGUUCCUCAAUUGACUGACGCAGUUUUUGAAUUUGCUGAAUGCUAUUGUAAGUUGCAAUCAUGAUGUGUUUGGUGACUAUUUAUAUUGUACUGAUUGUAAUGCAAACAGAAGCUCUAGCUACGCAAAAUGCUAUCUACAACUCUCUGAGAAUAUGCCUUAGUGUAUAUGGUUGAUACGGAAUGUUAUUAUGAAAUAGGUAGAAGACUAUGACAAAUAAAGCCAUGUAUAUAUAUAUGCAUAGAAAAUACAAUUUUCUGCAUAUGUUAUGAAUGUUUUUGAUCCAGUCUGUAAUGAGUCACUUUUACUCACAUAAUUUUUACUCUAAUUUCUGUGCACCAACUUGGAUAAUUUAUACAUUGUAUACUUUUUUUUUUAUUUAUUCUUACCUGCACAUCUUAAAUUGACAAUUACUUCAUCUGGAACUACGUGAAUUCCAUCCCAAGUAAUGUAUUCUUGAUUGUAGAAUUUUGCUUGGGCAUCUGAAGCAACAUAAACAAAUGAUUGUAAAACUGGUUCCGGAUGUACUUCAAUUUGUGAACUCUAAUGUACAAAAUUGCAAUACAACACAAAAUUAAAUUUAUAAGAUUGAUUUUUGUGUCUUAUAACUUGUCACACCUUCAAAUAAGUUUAUUGUUGUCGUAACGUUGUUUAUAUUUGUAUGUCUGUUAAUGUACAUAGUCUUUUUCAAACUCAAGAUUUUUUUUCCUUUUGUGGUUUAGAUCUGUUCCUAAUUUCAGUUUGUCGCCUUGUUUUACAUUAUGUUAAAGGGACCUGCAUUGCUAAAUUUGUUUCUAAAGAAGAUUGAAAAUUAUAUAGGGGAAAAAAAAUAUUUUUUUGAAAUUUUGGUUAAUGUGGUGGUUGAUAGAGGUGGGAAAUGUUCCUUCAAAUGCAUACUAUUUGUUCAAAAUGUAAUGGAGAUUUUAUAUGUGUGCCUAAUAGAAACAUUUCACUUUAUAAAAUUAUUAGAAAAUGUAGAAAAUUUAGUUUCUCGAGAUGAACAAUUGAAGACAAGUUGCAAAACAUGUCAGUCCUGGACAGCAGUUCCUAUUUCAGGAUCUUCUUCUAGUCUUAAUUUAGGAACAAUACCAAACAUGGAAGGGGCAAUAUUGCAUAAUUUGGUAACAUUAAUUGCUACUCAUCCUGUUCUGUUUUAAUAUUUCUUUUGGUUUUAUUUAAUUAAGAGAAUAAUCAUAUUUCAUAAGCAGAGUACUUGAUUUUAAUACAAAUAAAAAUUCAGUGUGAAAAAAUAUUUUUAAAUAUUUUCACCUCUAUAAAAGGUAAUUAAUGAAUAUUCUCAGAUUCAGAAAUUUUCUGCAUUUGAAUGCAAAGUUUAUGCAAAAUUGUUCUUAUAUUAAACUUGUUCGUGAUAUAUGAAUGGUUGAGUUUUGUGCUAAGGAGUCUCUUUUAUUUUCAACAAGCUGUGAAAAUAAGGUCCUUGCUUUUAGACAUUUGUUUCUAUAAUUUUUGUAAUGUCCAAAGAUAGUAAAUUCAUUAAAAAAUUAUAAAUUUCACAUAUUUAAUUCCUUUCUGUAUAAAUGUUGCUUAGGAGAAUGAAUUAAAAAGUGAUUUGCAUCCAUUAAGAAAGAAAAAAUUAAAACAUAACAUCUUAUAACAUACAAUGUUAUCAUGUGUAAAAACUACAAUUUUUUUGUUUGUAAUUAAACUUUUUCAACAAUUUUUUUGUGUUAACAAUUGAUAGAAAGAAAUUGAAUCCCUUUAGAUCUAAAAAUACAAUCAGUUCUUUCUCUAGCAUUAAUCUUCAAGUACAGAAUUGCUUGAAUUUGUGAUUGUGUUCAUUGAUUGGUGGUACUACAACAGAGUAAAUACUUUGUAAAUUAAUAAUUGUGAUGGGUAUUACAUUUCAGCUAACUUGUCCAACUUUUUUAAUGUCUGGAGAACCUAAUCUGCUAGAAGUUCAGCAUGUAAUCC